AUGCGCAAUAAACGCCAAGUCUGGGUAUCCCUUCAUUCUCGCGGUGCGCUCUCCCUCGGGUCAAACAGGACCCAACUAGGCCACGCUGCAUUCCACUGGGGAAUCCUCGUUAGCCUCAAAGUCUCCAGCGGUGCAGACUGCCACGCCUACGACGUAACCGACAAUCUUUUAAUCGAUCCAAACAGUCGAACAAACCUCAACCCACAUAAUGGCUGGCGUUUUCGUCACAACCCAAACGAAGACCCAGAACGCAACCCACGUAUCCUGGGGAUGGUCAUGAUAGGCAAAGUUCCGAAUGACGUUCCGUAUGACGAUAUCGAGGCCCGUCUAGCAUCUCUUCCGCUGCCGGAUAAGGAUGUCCAACCGGUCCAGAACCGCGUGACAUGGACGAUGGCCGCCAUUGGGAAAUUGCAAGAGAUUGGAGUCGCGGAGAUGUUCGAUAUCAGCGAUUCAUGGACGAUGCAACGAUGUUUGCUGAUCGGAGGAUUCGAGAUACGACGCAGACGCCGAAAAAGAUGA